UUGGCGCGUCAUUUGUGCGUUAAACGUACUCGUAGAACUAACGUUUACUUCGAGCAGUAUACGAGAUUAAAUCUCUGCGAAUCUUUGUUUCAAGUGGAAUUGUUUUGUUGUGCAUAAAUUUUAAUAAAUCAACCAUGCGACUUAAUUCUAUUAUCCCGAAUUUUGUGGCAGAGACUACUCAGGGACGAAUUAAUUUUUAUACUUGGCAAGGAGAUUCAUGGGUAGUAUUAUUCUCCCAUCCUGCUGACUUCACACCAGUUUGCACCACUGAGUUAGGUCGUUUAGCAGUGCAUCAACCUCAGUUUGAACGCAGGAACACAAAACUUCUAGCUCAUUCCGUCGACAAACUGCAGGAUCACGUUGAUUGGGUCAAUGAUAUCAAAUCUUAUUGUCGAGACAUUCCUGGGGCUUUUCCUUAUCCAAUUAUUGCUGACCAUGAUCGUACUUUGGCAGUAAAAUUGGACAUGAUUGAUGAACAAAGCAAAGACGAUCCGGAAACCGCACAAACUGUUCGAUCUCUGUAUAUCAUAAGCCCUGAUCACCGUCUACGUUUAUCGAUGCAAUAUCCAACAUCCACUGGACGCAACGUGGAUGAAAUACUACGGGUCAUAGAUUCCUUGCAACUUGUUGAUAAAAAACCGGGAAUAGCAACCCCUGCGAAUUGGAUGCCUGGUGAAAAAGUAAUGAUACUUCCAACUGUGAAAGAAGAAGAACUUCCCAAACUUUUCCCUAAAGGAGUUGAUAAAGUCUCGAUGCCUUCUGGCAAGGUCUACGUCCGCACAACCACAGAUUAUUGAAUAUAAUCAUAAAUAACAUUUUGUAUGAAAUACAUGACGUAUUACUUAGCGCAUAGUUUUUCAUUUAUAUAAAGCUAUGUCAAACUUGAAGUUUGACAUAUAAAUAUACACUUGCAUAAUUAUUACUUAAAAUGAUAUGACAAUUUUUCUUUUUCACCUAUUUUUGCUACCAUAAUAUUAAAAAAGC